GGCAAAGUUCUCAUGGAUCUUAGGAAAGAACUCCAUGCUCUUGUUUGCCUUCUUCUCAUCAAUCAACUCUUUGCAGCAGCAACACUUGUCGUCCGAUGUGAGGGUAGAAGCUUAAGGCAGUCCAAGGACUCGUACCUCCGUGAUGCCCUUGCAGUGAAGCACCAAAGAAACCCACAGAUGAAGGCUCUCAAACGCUUGGACACUCAUUAUGCUUCCUCGGAUCCCUUCUACUACGUUGGGUCGCCUGUCUCGUUGCCACCCUAUGAUGAUGCCAUGGGCCCAUCCUCCUCUCCUGAAGACUACCCUCCCUUCUGCGUUUACCCUCCAUACACCCCACUUCCGCCGUCGACCACGCCGUCAACCCCCAUUCCGAUCAUUCAGCCCCCACCACCUCCACCUGAAACCACCAACCCUCCGGUCCUCACCCCCAACCCGCCGGUGUACAUUCCAGGCACACCGGAGGUCGUGCCGAGCCCACCGGGGGCGGUGCCGAAUCCGCCAGAAACUGUGCCAAGCCCACCGGGGACGGUGCCGAAUCCGCCAGAAGCUGUGCCGAGCCCGGCCACCAAUGUCCCAAGCCCACCUGAAUAUGAGCCCAGCCCGCCAACUUACGUUCCGAGCCCAAUUGGCUUCGUACCAAGCCAGCCGCCGCCGCCGAGCCUUGUCCCGAACCCACCGGUGUAUGUGCCAAGCCCACCGGAGUUUACGCCGGGGCCGCCUAUUUUCCUUCCACCGGUGGUGUAUCCGCCGCCGAUCGCGCCGCCGUCUCCUGCGCAGGGGUCGCGGAGCAUGUGGUGCGUCGCGAAGCCCACCGUGCCUGACCCGAUCAUCCAAGAAGCCAUGAAUUAUGCUUGUGGAUCAGGGGCAGACUGCGACUCCAUUCUGCCCAAUGGGUCCUGCUACCAGCCAGAUACGUUGAUAGCUCAUGCCUCCUUCGCCUUCAAUAGCUACUGGCAACGGACGAAGGUGGCCGGCGGGACGUGCGACUUCGGGGGGACUGCCAUGCUUGUGACCAGAGAUCCAAGUUAUGAUGGCUGUCAUUUUAUCAUAUACUAAGGAUGUGGAAGAUGCAUACAAAAAGUCACUUGGAAGACGAACAAGAAAAUGCAGUUAUCC